AUGGAAGCGCUGUAUCGCCCGAUCCACUAUCCCGAUGAAGAUGACCGGCAACACUCUGGAAAGAUCCGCCUGCUCCGAGACGACCAGGAGCGGCACACGGAGCUCGCACGCUCGAUCGACACCGCUCGGGAACGUAGUCUGCCGAGUAGUACAGCAGCAUCAAACAGCAUCGGACCUGGUCGGAAGCAUUCGCUCGGCAACUCGCCCCUCCACUGCGUUCAAGAGGUCCGCUCACGAGAGUUCUCUUCUCGACCACAACCAUCUCGAAGGAGCAAGGUACCAUUACCCGCACAAAGAACCAGACGACUCAACAAGCAGCAGACAGACAAGAUGGGCGCCGAAGACUACUCCCCUCCUUCUACCGAUAUCAUCACCCUCACACGUCAUGUGCUGACAGAAGGCUUCAAGCAGAGGAAAGAGAGUGCUGCGAGCGGUGACCUCACCAUCUUGCUUGCCUCGCUCCAGACCACCUGUAUCGGCGCUGCUGGCAACACCAACGUCCAAGGCGAGGACCAGAAGAAGCUCGAUGUCCUUUCCAACGAGAUCAUGAUUAACGCACUGAAAGCCUCGGGCAAGACCGCAGUACUGGUCUCGGAAGAGAACGACGAGGCCAUCUUCGUUGGCGAGAAGCAGGAGGGAGGCAGGGGCAAGUACUGCGUCGUCUUCGACCCCCUGGACGGCUCAUCCAACAUCGACGCUGGUGUCAACAUCGGUACCAUCUUCGGUAUCUACCUGGUCAAGGAGGGCUCCAAGGGCACUCUCGAGGAUGUACUCCGACCAGGCCGCGAAAUGGUCGCCGCCGGCUACUGCAUGUACGGUUCAUCUGCCAACAUGGUCUUGACCACCGGCAACGGUGUCAACGGCUACACGCUCGACAACCAGAUCGGCGAGUUCAUCCUCACCCACCCGAACAUCCGAAUGAAGAACCGUGGUAAGAUCUACUCCUGCAACGAAGGGAACAGCAUGUACUAUUCUGAACCCGUCCUCAAGUACCUCGACAGCAUCAAGUAUCCGAAGAAGGAAGGCGCCAAGCCUUAUGCCGCUCGUUACAUCGGCUCCAUGGUUGCUGAUGUGCAUCGACAACUGCUAUAUUCUGGGAUCUUCCUCUAUCCCUCCGGAGCGAACGCAAAGGACGGCAAGCUGCGCAUGCUGUACGAAGCUUUCCCGAUGGCAUUUAUUACCGAGCAAGCUGGUGGAUUGGCCACCAACGGCACCGAGCGAAUUCUCGAUCUUACUCCAAAGAGUAUUCACCAGCGCUGCCCUGUGUUCCUCGGCUCUAAGGAUGAUGUCGAGGAUCUGAUGAAGUUCUUCAAGUGA